ACAACAUUAAAUGACUUCAUUUUUUUAAUGAUUUUUAAAAAACAGUAUUUAACUAACCAUUCCUUUUAAAAUAAAAAAGUUUUUUUUUAUUAAUUAUUAUUAUACCGACAAACAUAUGGACCGAAACCCAGACACCCAACAGGAGCACCACCACCAACACAACCACCAGCCCUUCCCAUACAACAUCAUAUUACGAGUGCCGGCAUUAACCGCACAAAACAUAUACUCUUAUUAUUUGCCGCUAAACGGUUGUAUCAGUUAUUAUGCCUUUUCGGUACACUGUUCACUACCCGGCGGACUGUUUCGCUUACUACCCAAUAGCGGGCUCCGGGUGGUCAACUGUCUACUAUUUAACUCGCACAUCGGUAUCGGUUUAUAUCUAUACAUGAGUGGCCAUAUGCGGCAACUUCAGCCAUAUUAUCGUAUAAUGUUCAGUGCAUUCGGUUCGGUAAUGUUUAACUUUGGAUCGAUAAUGUUCUGGUCGCUGACCGCAAAGUCGAUGUCGACAGUGAUGGCGGUGACGGGUGAUGCUGACCAUAGACCAUGGCUUAGAGUAUUAUUUGCAUUGAUCGCAGCGUACAGUUUUCAAACAAUAGGCAAAGAAUAUGUUGAUAUUCAACAAUAA